UCCCCAAUAAACAUGUACGUAUUUGAGUAUCCCUUCCAAUAGCUGUAACAAAAUUUCAAAAUUCCGCCCCAUACCACACCAUCUUGAUCUGAACCCCUUUCGAAACCCCCCGCAAUGGCCAAGCGCGACAUCCUGCCCAUCUUUCCCUCCCGGGCCAACUCCGUGAUCAUGAAGCAGCGCGUUCUGGCGGCCAGGAGGGGCGUGGGUCUCCUGAAGCGGAAGCGGGACGCCAUCGACAUGAAGAUGCGGGAGCUGCGGCGCAUCCGCUUCGACCAGGAUGUCGUGGGUGACGAGUUGAUGCGGCAGGCCAUUUUCUCGAUGGCCAAGGCCAAUCUCCUGGGCGCCGACUUCAAGCCGCAGAUGGUGAGCCACAGCCAUGUGGCCUCCGCCUACCUCCGCCGGACGGAAGUCAAAAUUGUGGGCGUCAAGCUCAACUGCUUGGAGCUGGAGAAGAAGGGCAUUGGAGCCUUUCCGCUGGCGGGUCUCAGCUGCGGGGGCAUGCAGGUCACGCGGAUCAGGGAUUGCUAUACCAAGGCACUCGAUGCACUGGUGACGUUAGCCUCCCUCGAGUACCAGGUGCGCAUGCUGGAGGCUGCCUCGCUGCAGACCAACAUGAGGGUCAACGCCUUGGAGCAUGUGGUUAUCCCUAUCCUGCAAAAUACCUACAACUACAUUUGCGGCGAGCUAGAGGAGUUCGAGCGAGAGGACUUCUACCGCCUGAAACGCUCCCAGGCGAAGCAGCUGGAGGCCAAAAUGGCCUUCACCGAGCUGAUCAAGACCAAGAACAUGACCGACGAGGAACUGGAGUCCUAUGUGAAGAAGAACAUAGGACAGACGCGUCCUGUGGCCGACACCCUCUUCGAUGACGACGCCUUCGAAGAGCGGGAGGUCAAGAGGCGGGUUCGGGAGGCCCGGUUGUCCCUGAAGCAGCGCCGUGAGCUGGCCAGGAAGGAGGCCUCCGAGCGCGGUGAGCCUCCCCCGGCCACCACUUACAUCACCACUCGUAGCGCCAUGAGUAUCUCUGGUCGUCUGCGGGAUCCGCGCGUCAGCAGCGGCGAUCUGUACAGCACCAAGCGCCAGAUCCUCUCCAGCCUGCCUGAGAGAAAGUCCUUAGUGCGUGAAUUCCAAAACCCUGAUAGAAGGUCCAGCCAGGCAGUCAAUGAGUUUUCAGUAAAGGAACCUGCAACAAAUGAAUCUGCCAGAGCAAGCAUGGAACCAACAGAAGAGAAGAAGUAAUAAAGUUCUGAUACUGAAGAUGCCCAAUAAAUAUAUAAAUUUCAGUCAUAACAACAAAGAAUUCUU